CUAUUGACCUAUCAUUUAAAAAUUAAAUAAAAUUUAAAGAAUUUCAAUUUUACCCUUGAUAGUAAUCAUUUUACACAAUCACAAAAGUGUAAAAUGAAAUGUAUUUAUUAUCCAAAUAAAUUUUUAAUAUCAACUGUAACAACAAUGUGAAUUGAAAAUGGAAUACUUGGAAUAUCUACCUAAAUGAACCGUUAUCUACAAGUAUUUUCUCAAGUACUUAUGUGUUCUAAUAAUCCUAAUCUCGAAAUUAAUACUUUUCAUAAUCGAAGAAAAAGUACAAGGACAGUAUAAGACAUUUCAUUAUGUUGGGAAAGGUAGCAUUGAUCUCAAUUUUAGUUGUUCUUAUUGCUAUUUUUUUUGGCGAUGAUAUUCUCGAUGUAAUUGAGGAUUAUGAUUCAAAUGAACCAGGAAAACCUCUUAUGUUCACUGCUUCAAGCCUCUCUGAUUUUGAUGGGAAAAAUUCUCCAAAGUUAUACUUAAGCAUAAUGGGUCUAGUCUUUGACGUAUCGAAGGGUGUGAAGCAUUAUGGUCCAGGCGCAUCCUAUAACUUUUUUGUAGGAAAGGAUGCUACUAGAAAUUUCGUUGAUGGCAAUUUUGAAUGCAAGAAAAAUUGUGAUGAUGCCUCUGGUCUGAAUCCUCAAGAACUGAGAUCUUUAAUGAAUUGGGUCAACUUUUAUAGAAAAAAUUAUGAAGAAGUUGGUAAACUUAUUGGAAAGUAUUAUAAUUUAGAAGCUGAACUGUCACCAUAUGGAAAGGAGAUAUACAAAUUAAUUGAAAAAGCAUUAAAAGAAGAAACAGAAGAAGAUCGUUUAAAAUUGAAAUACCCAGGAUGUAAUAUGGAAUGGAACUAUGAACAGGGUACUCAUAUUUGGUGUACUGAUCAAAGUGGAGGAAUUAAAAGAAACUGGAUUGGAUUUCCUAGGAAGUUCUUUUCACUAGGUUCUAAGGAAUAUAGAUGUGCUUGUGUUAGAGAACAAGACCUUGAUUCGUCAAAUACGAAAGAAUAUGAUGGCUGUGAUUCUAAGAGCACCGAUUGUUAUUUUAAGACUUAGUGUUUUGUAUAUAUAUAUUAAUUUUCAUACUUUUUUGUAAAUUGUUUUCAAUUUUAGAAUUAUAAUUUUGAAUAAAGUUUCAUAUUUUA